AUGGAGAAUUUGCGAGACCCGAAGAAGCCUUUGCCAAAGAGGAGAGCCAGGUCUCUGGACAGGUCGCAGGACCCCAGGAAGGACUCAGGGUCGGGCGACUGCCAAUGUCUCUCUCUGCACAGCACCCACACCAAGAAGGAACUUCGCCGGACGGCCAGCGAUGGGGCCAGAUGUUUCCAGAGCCCAGCUCAGCCUGCAGAGGCUGAGGGCACCAUGGCCACUGCCCUCAGUCUGGAGAAGACCAACAAGCUUAUCCUCGGUGAGCAGAGCUCACCACAGGACACCAAGAAGGGCAAAGCCCAUAGGUGGGCCCAGCAGGGGCUGCUGAAAGCCCUGUUCAGCUUCUUCCUGAGGACGAGUCCUGAGGAGCCCAGAGAAAAGGCCAGCAGGAGGUCAAAGAGGAAGGAGAACCUCUCCCAGCCUACUGAGUCCCCUGUGACCCCUGAGCAGCCAGCCAUUAGAAAGAAAUCCCAUGACAAGAAGUCCAGCCGGAAGAAAGCCUCUAGUUACAGGAAACAUAUCGCUGAGCAAACGAAGGCUGUUCCAGAUCAGGAGGCUGCUGCAUACCCUGAGGAGGCUGCCCUGGGCCCAACUCGCAGGGGCCGAGAAGAUCCUGAUCUGCAUGAGUCCUUGUUCACUGAAGGCGGGUAUGCUGAAGUCAAGGAUGAUUCUCCCCAAGCUAUAGGUCACCAGAGGGAAGGGGAGCGACAGCUUGAUGAGGAUGCUAUCAUCCAAGUGAUAGUGAAAUUACUCCAGAAAAUGGGAGAUGAUUGGGAGGAAAAGAGACUUCAAACCCAGAAGCUUGAGAUUGGUCUUCAAAACCAGGCUCCCAUCUUUAGGAAGAAAUCCCAAGAGAAAAAGUCCAGCUUCAGGAAAGCCUUUUCUCAAAAGAAGCAUGACUCCGAGGAGCCCAAGAGAGUGGGGGUUGCAGAUGUUUCCAGCCUAGAGGCCCGGACGCCCAAGAGGCCCAGCUUUCUGCCCCUGUGUGUUGGUGGCCAUCCACCCUCCAUCUCCAGCAGCACUGACUUGGAAGAACCUCAAGUCCCAGAUGUUAGGAGCCCUACUCCCUUAAAGAUCACCCCAGGAGCAAGAAGCCAGUGGCUUGAAGAGGAGUUGGAGCUGGACAGAGACUCCGAAUCCAAAGAAUUCGUCCAGAAGAUCUUUGCCCUACUCCAAGAUGCUGAGGAGCAGGGGGCAGAGAAGAGACUUCAAACCCAGCAGCCAGAGGUGGCUGUAAAAAACCCAGCCCCCAUCUUCAGAAAGAAAUCCCAAGAGAAAAAGUCCAGCUUCAGGAGAGCCUUUUCUCAUAAGAAAAAUGGCUCCAAGGAGGCCAAGAGAGUGGGAGCUGCAGAUUUUUCCAGCCCAGAGGCCCGGACACCCAAGAGGCCCAGCUUUCUGCCCCUGUGUGUUGGUGACCAUUGGCCCUCCAUUCCCUACCUUGACUCAGAAGAUGUCAAGUUCCAGAAGCCUUCACCUGCAGAAAGGGGACCAGUUGGCUCCCCAGAACUGCCCUCCCAGACCAGAAGCCACAAACCAGAAGGGGAACCUCAGCUGGAAGGAGCUUGUGAAUCUAAAGAGCAGAUCAUCCAGAAGCUGGUGGCUCUUCUUCAAAAAGUGGAUGGCCAGUUGGGGAAGCAGAUCAGGCAACACCCUAGCUUUAAGACGUUUCUUUACAAGCUCUCUGACUCCUCCCUCACGAAGCUGAUGGCUACCCUGCAGAGCCGGGAAGCCCACCCCCCUGAGCCCGACAAAGGCCUUGAUGAGAGGUGCUACCAGUUUGCUGAUAGCUUGGCUAACAAAUUUGCUGGCAACAAUAGCUACACUGUCCAUCUCCUAGGCCACUACAGCUGGCAUGUUUACCCCCGGUUUCCAGCCAAGGAGGCCCAGCUGGUGAGUAAGGGCGGGAAUGGCGGUGGCAAUAUGGCACAAGUAACAGGCUCACGGUCGGCCUCAAGUGGGAUCUCCUUACUGUCCUCUCCCCUCCCCUUCUUAUCCAGAACUUUGAGGGUCCAGCUCAAAUGCCACCUCCUCACUGAGGCCUUCUGA